CCAUGGCCCUGCUCCCCGAGCGCCUGGACGACCUGCCCGCCGCCUGCCUGUCGCCGUGCGGGCCGCCCAACCCGGCCGAGCUGUACAGCGAGGCGCAGCGCCUGGCGCUGGAGGAGCUGCUGGCGGGCGGCGCCGACGCCUUCGCCGCCUUCCUGCGGCGCGAGCGCCUAAGCCGCUUCCUGAACCCCGACGAGGUGCGGACCAUCCUGCGCGCUGCCCAGCGGCCCGGCCAGGACGGCGCGGCCGCGGCGGCGGCGGGCGCCGAGGACUCGUUCGGCUCCUCGCACGACUGCUCGUCCGGCACCUACUUCCCCGACCUGUCGGACGUGGAGCCGCCGCCGCUGGAGCUCGGCUGGCCCGCCUUCUACCAGGGCGCCUACCGCGGCGCCACGCGUGUCCACGCGCACUUCCAGCCCCGCGGCGCGGGCGCCGGCGGCCCCUACGGCUGCAAGGACGCGCUGCGCCAGCAGCUGCGCUCGGCGCGCGAGGUGAUCGCGGUGGUGAUGGACGUUUUCACCGACAUCGACAUCUUCCGAGACCUGCAGGACAUCAGCCGGAGACAGGGCGUCGCCGUGUACAUCCUUCUGGACCAGGCUCUGCUCACUCAGUUUUUGGAAAUGUGCAUGGAUCUGAAAGUUCACCCCGAGCAGGAAAAGCUGAUGACGGUUCGGACUAUUACCGGAAAUAUCUACUAUGCCAGGUCAGGAACGAAAAUUGUUGGGAAGGUUCAUGAGAAGUUCACACUGAUCGAUGGCAUCCGAGUGGCUACAGGCUCCUACAGUUUCACCUGGACAGACGGCAAACUCAACAGCAGUAACCUGGUUGUUCUCUCAGGCCAAGUGGUGGAGCACUUUGACCUGGAGUUCCGAAUCCUGUACGCCCAGUCCAAGCCCAUCAGCGCCAAGCUCCUGUCCAGCUUCCGCAUCAGCGGCAAGUUUGACCACCUGGUGGACUGGAAGCCGCUGCCCCGGGAGCCCACCCUGGGCAACCUGCUGCGCCUGCGGCUGGCCCGGCUCUCUAGCACCCCCCGGAAGGCCGAGCCCGAGGAGGAGGGGGUGACGCCCCGAGCCGGACGCCGCGUCUCCGAGGCCUCCACCAUCAGUGACGAGGACUACAUAAGCAGCCACCAGGACGAGCCUGCAGUCACGCGGGUGGCCAGCACUGCCACCCAGACUGAGCCCAUCGCGGAGCUGCUGACCAGGGUACGCGACGCUGCCACGCAGAGCUGCCCGGACACGGUGUGCGCGGCUACCCAGGCUGUGACCAGCACGCGGGCCGCUGGCUGCCAGACGACGCUGUGGUCCAGGGCGGCGGCCACCCAGACGGACGCCGCCACCGCCGACGGGUCUCCCCAGGCCGCCCAGUCCAAGGAAGGCUCCCCAGUGUCCAGGAUGUCCGUGUCACGGUCGUCCAGCCUGCGAUCCUCGUCCUCGCUCUCCUCCCAGGGCUCCGUGGCAAGCUCCCUGGGCUCCCAGACGUCCCUCCGCGCCACGGACUUGGUCACCCCCGGACACGCCAAGUUCCGGGGCAGCCCCACCUUGGACCUGUGCAUCCGGGACUCCUUCCGCAACCUCAACAAAGAGCGGCAACUCCACCUGGCCGGGCUGCGGUCCCGCCUCAACCACAUGCUGGCCCUGCUGUCCCGGAGGGCGUGCUUCGCCGACAACUACCUUGGCCUGCACCCGGCCAGCGGUGCACGGGCCACCGUAAACCUGCUGACCAUUCGCGACAUCCCGCUGUACCCAUCCUAUCAGUGA